AUGCCUCUCCUUGAGCAGCUCCACCUACAAGCUGGAGUUCAACUGACAAGAGAAGGUCUACUCCACCAGGUUGGAUGGACAUCAAGUUUUGCAAGACCAACCUCCUCAUUGAGCACAAGGAGUUGGAUGGGAGAUUCCAAUUCAAGUUCACCCACCCCAUUGGCUGGACCCUCCAAGCUUCUCCUGCCCAACCCUGAGCUCACCACAGUUGGGCAUGAGCGGAUUUGCAAGAAGAAGAGAUCGAGCUCGAUCGAGCUGAGGAUCGAGCUGAGUCAGCUGAGGAUCGAGCUGAGAUCAGCUGAGGAUCGAGAGCGCGAUGAGGAUUUGGGUGAGCCUGAGUGCUAUUACUUUGAGGAGUAUGAGGCUCCAAGGAUGAACCCCUCUGUUGUGGCUGCCCACAAGAGGAUUGGACUUCUCCAAAAGUUCAACAAAUGGCAAGGGAAAGCCAUUGAGAAGAUGCAAAAGUCCAUGGACAAGAUGGUGAGCAAGAUCAAAAGUUUGGAGAAGAAGGUUUCUGGUUCUUCAAGCAAGAAGAAGUCCAAGGCCCCCACUUUCCCUAGGAGUAGAUCACUCCUCACCACCCAAGGAGGCUCCCUGCCCAAGAGCCUCACAGAGCCUCUUCUUUCGAGCCAAGGGAAGGAGAAGACAACACGCAGAGAAGGAGGAAGACUUCCAAGGCCAGACGCUCCAGCUCGACCACCGGACUCGAUCGAGUCCAAACAGAGGAAACUCAACUCGAUCGAGCUGACGGUCGAGCUGACCAGGAGGAGCCCCAGUUCGAGGAUCCGGGAUUUGAAUACGAUCCCAUGCCUUACCAGGAGCCUCCCCGGAGUAGAUGGAACCCCUAUGGACAGUACGAGCUACCAAGGCCAAGGAAGCCACACACAUUUCAACGAUGAAGAAGAGGAGGAAGAGGAGCCACAAGCUCGAUCGAGUGAGCCGCAAGAGGCAACCCCAGUUGCAUGGAGUGCUCCUGAUGGCCGUCUCCCAUCUCCAGACCACGACCUAGUCUCCCAGUUCUUUGGGGGACACUGA